UUUUAAAACAACAUUUAAAGAUUAUAAGAACAAAUGGAAUAAGAUGUUUGAAAGGUGCACGUGACAGCUUCAAAAAUAAAAAGUAAUUUCAAAAGAAGAGUAAAAAAAAGGCAUACCAUAUUUCUGCUAUUUUUUAUAUUCCCCCUUUUUAUUAAUAAAAAUCCCAAUCACCCCGUGAUUCCUUUACCCCAUAAAUAGCCAUUGGAUGUAACACAAAGCUGACUCCGUUUCCACACACCGCCAAAUCCAUUUGUUUCCGCGUCGCCCUCUUAAAACGACCCAUCCCCUCCGUCGUUUCGAACCAUUCUCUUCACCUGACAAAAAAUGGCUUCCGCUCUCUGCUAUUCCCACCACGCCGAAGACAAACAACCGCCCACUCCCCACGAACCUGAGAGAUCGCCGCCGUUCAAACGAUUUGAUAUUGUCACGGAUUUCUCCGAUCACCAUUACGCUCACUCGAACUUGUUCCCCAACUGCAUUGGAUCGGAUGUCUCGAAGAAGAUCAUGCGAGAGUGGAAGAUUCUGGAGAGGAAUCUUCCGGAAUCGAUUUUCGUUCGCGCUUACGAAGAGAGAAUAGAUCUUCUACGAGCCGUGAUUGUCGGUCCGGCUGGAACUCCGUAUCACGACGGAUUGUUCUUCUUCGACCUGGCGUUCAGUUCCGAUUAUCCGAUCAGUCCUCCGAUUGUGUACUACCACUCCUACGGACUGCGAUUGAACCCUAACCUGUACGAAGACGGCUAUGUGUGUUUGAGUUUGAUCAAUACCUGGGACGGAAAAAAGGAAGAGCGCUGGAAUCCGGCGAUUUCAACAGUGCUUCAGAUUCUGAUAUCGAUUCAAGCGCUGGUGCUGAACGAGAGGCCAUACUUCAACGAACCGGAACUGGACGAGGCAGCGGAGGCGGAGAUUUACUCGGACGCGUACAACAAGGAAGCGUACCUAUUCUGCUGCAAGAUGACGAUGCGAUUGAUACAGAAUCCGCCGAAGAAUUUCGAGGAAUUUGUAAGAGAUUACUUCAGGCAGCGAGGGAAGGGGAUUCUGGCAGCUUGCAAGGCGUAUUCGGAGGGCCGCGUUAGGGUCGGGAGGUUCAGUGGAAGUGAAACUGAAAAUUGUAGCUGGAGCAGUAGCAGUAGUAACGGUGGUAACGGUACGCAUGUUUCUGCCAUUUUCAAGGCAUUAAUGGAGAAGACGCAUCGGGAUCUGCAAGCAGCUUUUGACGUGUCUAGCCAGGAAUGAAUGGGUUUUGUUCAUUUUAUUUUUUUAAAACGAAAUUAAAUCUCGAUAAUAUUUUGAAUGAAUGAUUGAUUUUGGGCAAAAAAAAAAAAAAAAAAAAAAAAAAAAAAAAAAAAAGAACGAUUUUUGGGAUUUGUGACAUGACAUAAACAAAUGUAAUCUGUUCAAGGAAGUGGGAGUGUAGGCAAGAAGGGGAGAAUGGUGGACACAAGUUAGUUCUAAUAUCUUGGCUACACAAAAAGUUGUUUUAGAGGUAUCAAUGACCAAACACAAUGGUACUACAGCCCCUUGUUU